GCGGAGGAAUGUUUUCAGUGUGAAAGCCUCCAACGAGCCGCUCUGUCCCGGCAUUAACCGCUCCGUCCCGGGUAUUAACCGCUCUAGUUUAACCGCAGUAGAGCUGAUGAUAGCGCAGCCUCGGAGCUGUAACCCUCACCCAGCAGCGGGACAUCCUGGAACAGACGGAGACCCAUCAGGAGGACGCCGAGCAGCGGACACUCAGUCUGAACAUCGACCCAACACCAUGUGAGAUGAACCGGGACAAACCCGGGACCGGGACGGAGGACAGCGACGUCAUCAUGAGGAGCAGCUCGCACGGCCGAGGCCGAGCCAGAGUGACUCAUGCAGUGGUGGUCAUCUUCCUGGAGUUCUUCGCCUGGGGGCUGCUGACCACACCCAUGCUGACCGUCCUUCAUGAGACGUUUCCUCAGCACACCUUCCUGAUGAACGGCUUGGUUCACGGCGUGAAGGGCUUCCUGUCGUUUCUGUCGGCUCCUCUGAUUGGUGCACUGUCAGACAUCUGGGGCAGGAAGUCCUUCCUCCUCAUGACGGUCUUCUUCACCUGCGCCCCCAUCCCCUUCAUGAGAAUCAGCCCCUGGUGGUAUUUCGCUCUGAUCUCCGUCUCAGGGAUCUUCGCCGUGACCUUCUCGGUGAUCGCCUACGUGGCCGACAUCACAGAGGAGCACGAGAGGAGCACGGCCUACGGACUGGUCUCGGCAACCUUCGCGGCCAGCUUGGUGACGAGCCCGGCCAUCGGGGCCUACCUGUCGGCGGAGUACGGCGACAGCCUGGUGGUCCUGAUCGCCACGGUGAUCUCCGUGGCCGACAUCGCCUUCGUGUUCUUCGUGGUCCCCGAGUCGCUGCCGGACAAGAUGAGGCUGACGUCCUGGGGCUUCCCCAUCUCCUGGGAGCAGGCCGACCCGUUCGCCUCUCUGCGUCGGGUGGGUAAAGACACCACGGUGCUGCUGAUCUGUGUCACAGUGUUCCUGUCCUACCUGCCUGAGGCCGGACAGUACUCCAGCUUCUUCCUCUACCUGAGACAGGUGAUUGAGUUUUCUCCUGCAGCCAUCGCUGCCUUCAUCGCCAUGGUGGGAAUCCUCUCUAUAGUCGCUCAGACUCUCUUCCUCAGUGUUUUAAUGAGGACCAUCGGUAAUAAGAACACCGUUCUUCUGGGUCUGGGCUUCCAGCUCUUCCAGCUGGCCUGGUACGGCUUCGGCUCCGAGCCCUGGAUGAUGUGGGCAGCAGGAACAGUAGCAGCCAUGUCCUCCAUCACCUUCCCAGCAGUCUCUGCUCUGGUGUCACACAGUGCAUCACCUGACCAGCAAGGUGUGGCCCAGGGGAUGAUCACAGGUAUCAGAGGUCUGUGUAACGGUCUGGGUCCGGCUCUCUACGGCUUCAUCUUCUUCCUCUUCAACGUGGAGCUGAACGACAUGCAGCCGGUGGCAGGAAGACCCACACAGAACACAGAGAAGUCUAUGAUCCCCGGUCCUCCCUUCCUGUUCGGAGCGUGCGCCGUCUUAUUCGCCCUCCUCGUCGCCAUCUUCAUCCCCGACCACCACCGAUUGGCUGACGUCAAGACCUGCUCCGCCCGCAAAUCCAGCAGCACCUCCGCCGCACACGCUCAGAGCGCCAGCCCCCUGGCCACGCCCACCAGCGACGCGGAGGACAUCGAGCCGCUCCUGCAGGACAGCAGUAUGUGACUGACUGACAGCCGGCCCGGCCAAUCGCAGCGCUGAGGCCGUGAGCACCGUCUGCUAGUCCCGCCCCCCUUUAGAAUAAAAUCGUUAUCAGCUUUUA